AUGGCUAAAACGAUAUUAAACGUUAUGAUUCUGAUACUCUCUAUAAUAUCAGAAAGCACAUUAUCACAUGAAAUAACUUAUGAAACAUAUUCUGGAUAUAAAAAGCAAGGAGACUUAAAGGCUUGCACCAAUAAUCUUCAUACCAUUCAAGAUCGUCAGCUAAAUGCUGCUCAUGGAGAAAAAUGUUUGGAUUCAACUAUAAAUAUCAGCAAUGAAUCUCUUAUCAAUGAUUUUAUAGAGAGUGUACCUGAGGGACAGAAAUUGAAAGGAUCAUGUGAAUUAUCUGAUACACAAGAGGGAAACUAUAAAAAAUCAUUUCUUAGUGACAAAAAUAAAAAGUAUUUGAAGAAAACAUGUUUGAUUUGAGAAAAUGAAGCCGAUGACCAUUUAAAUGCACUGAAAGGAGAAGAAAUUACUUUAAGAGUUCUGAAUUUAAUGAACUAA